GAGCCAUCUCAUCCUUCACUCUCCAAACCUUCAUAUGUCCAGCAGAACCAUUUGUAAUACUCUCCAAAAUGAUCUGGACUCAGUGCAUCACCACCACCCUCCUACUUUCAAGCAUAAAAGCCGCCCUUGCUGCACCAGCAGCUCCAUCCGCAGCUACAAACCCCCUACGAGGAGACGAAAACCUAAUCGGCUAUUCAUCCACAAAUACAAUCUCAAACGAAAACACAGAGACGAUCUCCUACCAACUUGCCCCGGGACAGACCGAGGCCGCAAUUGUGGGAUUAUAUCUUGAUUUCGAUGACGUUGAGGAUCCGCAGCCUCUAAGGGGGGAUAAAGGGGGGACGAAUCCUGGACCACGCAACACCGAGAUGAAUAAGAUGUAUUCCGAUAAAUAUGCUCCGCCGGGGACUGAUAGUGGCGCUACUGUCAAUGCUCAGUGGCCAUUAGCACUCAGCGGCAUGAUUCUAGGAAAAGAGAAAUCCGGCUGGUCUCGUCAACAAAACCAAGACGUCCUACCAGCAGCCACCGAAAUGGCAGGUGUAAAUAUGAGACUUGAGGCAGCCGGAUAUCGAGAAUUGCAUUGGCAUGUUGCGGCCGAAUGGGCUAUUGUGUUGAAUGGAUCUUGUAGGAUUCAGGCUGUGAACGAUAAUGGACAGACGUUUAUCGAUGAUGUGGGUAAAGGGGAUGUAUGGUUCUUUCCACCAGGAAUACCGCAUAGCAUCCAAGCCCUCGAAAACGGCGUCGAAUUCAUGCUCGUCUUUGACGACGGCUCAUUCUCCGAAACAAACACCUUUCUCGCAACGGAGAUCUUUGCACACAACCCCAGAGAUGUCCUAUCCAAAGACCUCUCUGUCCCCGUCUCCGCCUUCCAAAAUAUCCCCCAAGACCAACUUUUCAUCUUCCCCGGCACACCUGCACCAACAAACAUCUCCAUCCAAAACAUCACCGGCCCCGCAGGCUCAAUCCCCCAACCCCAAAGUUACUCCUACCACUUUUCCUCCCAACCAGCUCAACAACUUGAGGGUGGAAGUGUCAAAAUCGUCGACCCAUUAAGUUUUCCCAUCGCAUCCGGAUUUUCCGCCGCUUUGGUGACUAUAAACCCCGGUGGAAUGAGGGAGAUUCAUUGGCAUCCGAGUAGUGAUGAAUGGACAUUUUUCAUUCAGGGGCGCGGUAGAGCGACCUUGUUCACGCCGCCGAGUAAAGCUACAACGUUUGAUUAUUUGGCGGGGGAUGUGGCUUAUUUCCCGAAAUCGAAUAGUCAUUAUAUUGAGAAUACGGGGGUGGAGGAGUUGAUUGUUUUGGAGGUUUUGAAGGCGGAUCAUUAUUCUGAUGUGUCUCUUGCGCAGUGGAUUGGAUUGACGUCUAAGCAGAUUGUGCAGGAUACGUUGAAUCUUUCGAAUGAGACGUUGAGUCAGAUGACAACCGAGAAGAAGAUUGUGGUAUCAUGAACAAAGUUCCGCUUGUGAAUGAGUUGUCAGCUUGGUAACCCUAGAAGUGAUUAAACAUGAUUGGACCAUG